AACCGCGUCUGGGUGGACCUCGCGCAUAACGCUGCGAGUGAGUGCGGGAAAUUCAAAUUGUUCCUUUUUCAAAUUCAAUAUUGUCAAUUCAUUGAUGAUUUCUUAAUUUUUUUCUUACUUCUCCCGGACAUAUAGACUGUGUAUACCAUCUUGUAGUGUCAGUUUUGUGAGUUGCGGAUUUUUAGGUGAUAUUUCGGGCAUGCUGUAAGAUGGGGAUAUCCAGCUUAAGAUCGCUGCUUCUAGCAGCCAUCGUUUUAAGUAAUUGUAUCACGUGGACCGCUUCCAGACAUCACUACACGCAUAAUGUAAAUGGACACCGAAGCAGGCAUAGAAGGCAAGGCGCCGGUCUCUUCUUAUCAGCUUCGUACAUAAUACCUGGAGGAGAGGGGCGCGGGGCAUGGGGGGAGUGGAGUGAAGUGUCCCCCUGCUCUCGGACGUGCGGCGGAGGUGUUGCCAGCCAGAAAAGAAUAUGUCUCGAAGUAACGUCAGAUGGUCGACCUCUGUGCACGGGGGGCGACACGAAGUACUUUUCGUGUCAAACACAGGAUUGCCCAGAAGGCUCUAAUGACUUCAGAGCGGAACAGUGCGCAGAGUAUGAUGACAAGAGCUUCAGAGACCAGAAAUAUAAUUGGGUGCCGUACACGAAAGGACCGAACCCGUGCGAGCUUAACUGUAUGCCGCGCGGGGAACGUUUUUACUACCGCCAAAAGACUAAAGUUGUGGACGGUACACGAUGUAGCGACGAGUCCUUCGAUGUGUGUGUAGAUGGUGUUUGUCAGCCCGUCGGUUGUGAUAUGAUGUUAGGCUCAAACGCGCGGGAGGACAAAUGCCGGCAUUGUCGUGGAAACGGUACAAACUGUCACACUACCAGCGGCAUACUGGACUCUCAAGACCUUAGAAAAGGUUAUAACGACAUACUCCUUAUACCGCAAGGAGCUACGAAUAUACUUAUAGAGGAGAUGAAGGCAUCGAAUAAUUAUUUAGCGCUAAGAGCGAAAUUCGACAACUUAUAUUAUCUGAACGGCGAAUACCACAUCGACUUUCCUCGAAGCUUAAUGAUCGCGGGCGCACUUUGGCAUUACGAACGCAGUCAGCAAGGCUUCGCAGCACCGGACAAGCUGCGUUGUCUCGGACCCACCAACGAACCCCUUUAUCUUUCGCUCCUACUGCAAGAUCAAAACGUGGGCAUUAGCUAUGAAUACAGCGUACCUUCCGCUUUAGCACCGCCUCCCAACCAACAAUAUAAUUGGGUUCAUGAAGAGUUUUCUGCAUGUAGUGCAUCUUGUGGUGGAGGUUAUCAAACACGCCAAGUGACAUGUCGAUCACGCGAAGAACUAGAAGUAGUAAAUGAUACUCUUUGUGAUGAUGGCCUUAAACCCCCAACUAACCAGAGUUGUAAUACCGAAUCUUGCCCGGCACGAUGGGUGGAGGGCCCUUGGAGCCCCUGCUCCAAGCCCUGCGGAGAUGGAGGCACUCGAUCCCGACAAGUUCACUGCGAGAAAAUCAUCACAAAUGGAUUCCCAUCAAUAGUAUCAGAUAAAGAGUGCUUCGACCUUCUAGGACCUAAACCAGAACUUUACCAGGAAUGUAAUAAAAACGCUACAUGUCCUACUUGGUUUACUGGACCCUGGAAGCCAUGUAACAAACUUUGCGGAGAAGGCACACAGACCCGUCAAGUAGUUUGCCACCAAAAGAUGAAUGGGCGAGUGGAAGUUUAUGAUGACAGCGUGUGCACGGAAGAAAAACCAAUCGCAGAACAGACAUGUAUAUUGCAUCCUUGCGACGGUGUUGACUGGGUUCUCACUGAGUGGACUGGUUGUGAUUCAUGUUUGUCAACGAUGCGCGCUCGUUCAGCGCACUGCGCUACCAAGGACCACAAAGUGGUAGACGCAAAGCUCUGUGCAUACCACCCGACACCAAAUCUUGAAGAGAAAUGUGACCGGACCAAAUUGCCGCCUUGCCAAACACUGUGGUAUGCAACACAAUGGAGCGAGUGUUCAGCAAAAUGUGGAAAAGGGAACCAAACUCGUCGAGUUUUCUGUGGAUUGUUUGAUGGAGUUGCAGUAACGAAAGUUGACGACGACCGAUGUGACAAAAGCUCAAAGUACAAAGAUACUAAAGAAUGCGAAGUGCCAAAGGAAAAAUGUCCUGCCAAAUGGUUUGCAGGGCCCUGGUCGGAGUGUACCAAAAAAUGCGACGGAGGUGAACAAUACCGUCGCGUAAUGUGCCUGAGUGGAGGGCGCGAAGUGCUCGAGUGUGACGAGCACGACGUGCUAGACUCUAGUCAGUCCUGUAACACGAACCCCUGUGGCAUAGAUGAAAUGCUCCCACUUGAUUCAAAAUCAACUCCAAUAAUGGAUGAUUAUGAAUAUGAAGACUGCAUAGACGAAGAGGAGGAAUAUCCCGAGGAAAACGCAGAAGCUUUCGAUACUAGCCUUAUGGAUCUUGGUAUGACAUUGGUUCCUGACUUCAAAUAUGAAAGUUUCACGACCCCAAGUGAAUUGGAUGAAGACUAUGGAUCAGGUUCAGGAGAAACUGAGUUGACAGAUGGUACUGAUGUAACGGAUUCAUCAACCGAAACUACGAUUAUAUUAAGCACGGAUGAAUCUAAAUCUACUCCGAUAGAUGUAUCAAGUACAACAGAUGUUAGCUCAGAAAUUACCCCAACUACAGAAGAAACAAUCGAAGAUGAAACAGACACAAGUGAGACUAAAGAAACUGUUGUAACAACAGACGCAAUAACAGACUCCACGGAGUCGUCCACGUUGAGCGGUUCAGACUCAACGACAGAUAGUUUAUGGUCAAAAGCAUCCUCUGAUUAUGAAUCAACGACAAUAACCGUAACAGAAUCUUCGGAAGAUAUAGAUACCGAAUCAACAGCAGUUACUGACAUUGAUUCAAUAAAAACUACAGAUAUUGAUUCAAAGGCAACAACUGAAAUUAUUUCUACAGAAACUACUGAUAUUAGUUCAAUUUCAACUGCAGAAACUAAAGAUAUUGAAGUAACUGAAACGACUGAAACGGGUUCUACAGAAACUACAAUCACCGACUUGACAGUAACAUCUACUGAAAGUACUGAAACAUCUGAAACUAUGAAAUCAGAAUCACCAGUUACAGAUUCAACAGUUACGGACUUGACAACAGAAACGGAAUCUGGGUCUACAGAUAUUUCCGUUACAGAUACUACAAUAGAAAAGGAAACCGUUUCUACCGAAACAACAGCUUCUGAACUAACAGAUUUAACAGAAACGACAGAAAUUAGUUCAACAUCAAUUAUUGAUUCAACAAUAACCACAGAAAGUGAGACCGAAACCUCCGAUACUGCAUCUACGGAUGUAACCGAAACAGAAAUAAGCACUACAGAGAGUAGUACCACUAUAAUUACUGAGACGUCAACCUCUGAUACGGAAACUACUUCGACUGAGGAAACUCCUGAAGAUACUACUUUAAGUUCAACUGAGGGUGAAUCGACAAUAACUACAGAAGCCGAAAGUAGUACUUCUACAGAUGAGGAAUCAACUGAAUCAACAAGUAGCUCAGAUACCGUUUCAACAAUAAGUACAUUGGAAACAACUGAAGUUAGCACUACAUACGCUACCGAAUCGAGUUCAGAAAAUGCAGCAACCACAGAAUCAUCUGCAACAGAGUCUACCGACGAAAGUACUACACAAGUACCUGAUUUAAGUACAACUGCAGAACCGGCAGAAACUUCUGAAUCUGUUAGUACCAGCGAGAGUUCCACCAUCGAAGAGAGCACGGGAAGUACUACCGUCAGCAGUUCGACGUCCCUGGAUGACCUUUCGACAACUGAACAAUCGACAUCAUGGACUUGGACGACGGUAGUUGUUGGCUCAACUAAAAAACAACGCUGCAAAGCCAAAAAGAAGACAGCUAAGUGUAUUCGCAGCAAAUUCGGUUGCUGCCCUGAUAAAAGAACGCCUGCUGCUGGGCCAUUUGAUGAAGGUUGUCCGAACCCGGAGACCUGCAGAGACUCUAAAUUUGGUUGCUGUCCCGACGGUGUGUCGCCUGCAAGUGGUCUUCGUGGAGCCGGCUGUCCAGUCACUCCAUGUAAUGAAACUUUGUAUGGAUGUUGUAAGUCGGACAACAUUACAGCAGCUGAGGGUAACGAUCAACAAGGUUGUCCUGCACCUCUACCACCCUGUCGUAAUUCCAAACAUGGCUGUUGCAAAGAUGACAAAACAGAGGCAAAGGGUCCACACAAAGAAGGCUGUCCAGAAACAGUUGCAGAGACUGAAAAACCUGAUAUCACGGCGGCAGAAAAGGAUUGCUCCGUCUCAGAAUUUGGAUGUUGUUAUGACAAUGAGACUGAUGCUUCCGGACCGAAUGGAGAAGGAUGUCCGUGCAGUAUUUCUGAGUUCGGUUGCUGUCCUGAUGGUGUUUCAACAGCUCGAGGUACUAAUUUGGAAGGUUGCGUAAUGUCUUGCAAUACGUCUGCUUACGGCUGCUGCCCUGACGGAGAGACCCCGGCACACGGACUAGAACUAGAGGGUUGCUGUUUACAGUACGCGUUCGGAUGUUGUCCUGAUAAUUACAAACCAGCUGAAGGUCCACAUUUGGAAGGAUGUGGUUGCGAAUAUGCCCAUUAUGGAUGCUGCCCGGAUAAUAUCACUGUAGCGCGAGGACCGAAAAGUGAAGGCUGUGGGUGUCAGUACACUCAAUAUGGAUGUUGUCCAGAUAGGCACACAGAAGCUAAGGGUCCGGACUUCGACGGCUGUGGCUGUCACACAUACCAAUUCGGCUGCUGUGAUGACGGUGUCACAGUCGCCAGCGGCCCGAACCAACAAGGUUGUCUAUGUCAACAGUCCAAGUACGGAUGUUGCGGAGACGAGAUUACAGCCGCUAGAGGUCCCAAUAAGGACGGUUGUGACUGCUCUAACAGCAAAUAUGGUUGUUGUCCUGAUGGAAUCACUGAGGCGAAGGGCAAGAACUUCCUAAACUGCACUGACAUUCCCGAUAACCGACAAGCCGCCUGUGCAUUUGCAAACGACCGAGGUUCAUGUCGAAACUUCUCCGUGUAUUGGUACUACGAUAUGACGUACGGGGGCUGUUCUCGGUUUUGGUACGGCGGGUGUGAGGGCAACGAAAACAGAUUCGUUAGCAAAGAUGAGUGCGAAGACGUUUGUGUGCGACCAACGCCAAAGGAAACCUGCAACCUACCGAAGGUGAAAGGUGCAUGUACUGGUUACCACGUCCGCUGGUACUAUGAUUCUGCCCGCGAACAAUGCUCCCAGUUUGUUUACGGUGGAUGCCUCGGCAAUGCCAACAACUUCGACUCCAGGGAACUCUGUCAACAACGCUGCGAACCACAGAGGAGCGCAGACCAAUGCAAUCUUGAAAUCGAACGCGGACCAUGUGCCGGCAACUUCCAACGUUGGGGCUUCAACAGCGAGCGACGGCGUUGCGAGCAGUUCGUAUGGGGUGGUUGUGGCGGCAACGACAACCGCUUCAGUUCCGAGGCCGCCUGCUUGUUGCGUUGCGAUCCACCCGGCGCGCCACAGCAGGCAUGUUCGCUACCACAAGAGGCAGGCAACUGCACUGAGAAGCAUCCCGCCUGGUCAUUUAGUGCCACCGAGAAUCGCUGCGUGCCCUUCUAUUAUUCUGGCUGUGGUGGAAACAAUAAUCGUUUCAACGACGAACGGACUUGUACUAACGCUUGUCCAAGUGCUUACGAAAAAGAAAUAUGUACAUUGCCUGCUUUGACGGGCGACUGUGCCGACUACACACAGAGAUGGUUUUACGACACCAAAAACAAGAGAUGUCGUCAGUUCUAUUACGGUGGAUGCGGUGGUAACGAAAACAACUUCGAUUCGGAACGUGAAUGUGAGGACAGCUGUAUGGAGCGAGUGGUCAUUACAACCCUUUCUCCGCCUAGGCAAACAACAUCGCAACCUUCACCGUAUGAACACGAUAGACCAGACUUCUGUUACCUGGAGAUCGAUGCGGGACCAUGCACGCAAUGGCAGACGCGCUGGGCAUUCGACACGGCGACGGGCGCGUGUACGCAAUUCCAGUACGGAGGCUGCGAAGGCAACCGCAACAACUUCCCCAACGAGAACUACUGCAUCUCCUACUGUGCGCCCGCACCCGCAUCCGCCACCACCACCACGCGCCAAUCCGCCCUUGAGAACCGCUUCGGCCCGGAGAACAUGCGGGAUGUCUGUCAGCAACCAAUGCUGGCGGGUCCGUGCGACCAGUCACUAAUGCAAUGGUUCUACGAUGCGACUAGUGAUGCUUGUAGCCAGUUUACUUACGGCGGAUGUGAAGGCAAUGCUAAUCGAUUCAACACUCAAGAAGAAUGCGAGCGACGGUGCAGAUCGGGCGCACCUAAAUCACAAGCUCUCUCGACGACCACUUCUUCGACCACCACCAUAGCCGCGGAGUACAUUCCAACCGAAUGCCAAGUGUCCCCAACGCUCGAGGAGUGCAGAGGUGAGGGAAUGGUUUGGUUCCUGGACCUACGACAGCGAGCUUGUGUGGCACAUGACAACCAAGCUUCGGGUGCAGGGUGCAGACACACCGGUGUCUUCAGUUCAGAGGAGGCCUGCGAACGUUCUUGUGGAGCUUUUAGAGAUCUCGAUGUAUGUCGGUACGAACUGGACCCUGGACCAUGCCGCGCGUCCAUCACCAAGGUGUACUACGACAACACGGCAGGUCGCUGUGAGGAGUUUACGUACGGUGGCUGUCACGGUGGUCCCAAUCGCUUCUCCACCAUAGAAGAAUGCGAACAAAUCUGCAGACCCAACACUGAUCCAUGUAGACAGACUCCAGAGCCUGGUAACUGUCUGGCGAAUCUAUACAUGUGGUACUACGAUGCAGCGCGCGAUGAGUGUGGACAGUUCAUUUAUGGCGGCUGCAACGGAAACGACAACAGGUUCGAAACUCGAGAAGAAUGCGAAGGCCGUUGCAAAAAGAGUUCAACAACGACAGUUGCUUCCGUCCGGGAGACUACAAUUCCGACGAUUCCAGAAGUCGUUCCUACCAACACUCCCCUGUCAACGGACUUGGAAUGCGCAACUCCCCACUCAUUGGAGGCCUGCGGAGAAAACAUUACAAUUUAUUACUACGACACGAAGACUCAAGCAUGCUUAGCUGGCGACUUCGGUGCUUGUCGGUACCCGAACAGUUAUCGAACAGAGGAAGAAUGUGAAAGAAGGUGCGGUGCAUUCAGAGGCCUCGACGUAUGUGGCUCACCUCUCGACCCUGGGCCAUGUAUAUCCGCAAUCACCAAAGUCUACUGGAACUCCGUAUCGGGUCGGUGCCUGAACUAUGCAUACGGUGGCUGCCUCGGAGGACCCAAUCGCUUCUCGACCGUUGAUGAGUGCGAAGAAGUCUGCGGAGGCACAGGUCCAGAGCCGGCGUGCCUGCAGGCGGUGUCGUCGGGCGAGGCGGGCUGCGGCCUGUCCUCGCGCCGCUGGUACUACAGCGCCGCCAGCGGGGACUGCUUGGCCUUCGUGUACGCGAGCUGCGGUGGCAACGACAACAACUUCCUCUCGUACGAGGAGUGUGCACUCCUCUGCAUGAGGACGCCCGCCGAGGUCGACACUCAUGAGACCGAGGUGGGUGGCAAUGAGGUGCUGCCAGAUUGCGACCGCUUUAACGAGGAAUGCUCGACGCUGCGUUGCGAGUACGGCGUGCAGCGCACGCGCACGGCCGGAGGUUGCGAGCGUUGUGCGUGCGUACCUGUAGAUGUUAACUGCGAGCUAUUACGCCACGAGUGCGAAAGCUUACUUUGCACCUACGGCGUACAUCGAACUACCGGUCCCGAGGGUUGCGAGAGAUGUAAAUGUAUCGACCACCCUUGUGCAAACAAGGACUGCCCUGACGGUGAGCGCUGCGUAGCGACAGCUUACAGAGAUCCAAUCACGCAGGACGCCCGCUACUCAGCCGACUGCAGGAUCGCGAAUAAAACUGGAUCCUGUCCACCGGAAAGUGUCAUACCUGCAGUGGCGGAUGGACAGUGCAGACGUGAAUGUAACGACGAUGCGGAUUGUCUCGGCGUAGGCAAGUGCUGCUCGAGUGGAUGCAGCCAGCUGUGCCUUGAACCGCUUUCUGCCACCAGCCCCGCGCCACGCUAUACCACGCGUGCUCCCGAACUACCACAGGCACCUAGUGCCAACGUUGAAGAAACGCAACCUGAGCUGGUAGCAAGCGAGGGUGACAAGGCCACGCUUCGCUGCGUGUUCCACGGUAACCCUCCACCCAAGAUCACCUGGCGACGAGGAGCCGUCACGAUUGAGAGUGACAUGGGUCGGUACCGGCUACUGUCAGAUGGAGCGUUGGAGAUAGUGUCGUUGUAUCGCAACGACUCGGGCGUGUACAUUUGCGUGGCGGACAACGGAAUCGGAAGUGCUACGCAAGAAAUACGCCUCGAGGUGGCCGAUCCGGUGGAAAGGCCAGCGGCAAUAGCGGGUACGCCCGAUGCCACGGUCACGGGCGAGCUCGGCCGACCGCUGAGCGUCCGCUGUCUCGCCUAUGGACAUCCUGCGCCUGCCAUCUAUUGGUACCGAGGUCGAAACGGUCCCAUGGUGCCCUACAGCAGUCCGCUCUACGAGGCCCGAGGAUAUGUGCUCCUAAUCCGAAAAUUAACUAUCGAGACUCUCGGAGAGUACGUCUGCCAGGCAUACAAUGGAAUUGGCAAACCAGCGGACUGGGCUUUCGUGGUUCGUGCAUACCAGCCCGAAGGUUCUGGAGAUCAUCCGUACUUUGUACCGCGGAAAGAUGACGUGGUGGUGGUGACGCCUCGUGAGCCGCAACUGGCAACGACCACGACGACAGUACCUGAUAUAGAAAUACCCGUGUUUACCGUGCCCGUGACCACUCGACUGACUGCGGAGCGCUCACGUGUGCCCGCGGGUGCGGAGAUCAACCUACCGUGUGACGUAGAUGGCUACCCCGUGCCAGCCGUGCGCUGGACCAAGGACGGCUUGACGAUCGUCUCUGACGAACGCGUCACUCUAACUGAUGCGCGACUGACUGUUCUUCACGCGAACACGAACGACAGCGGCGUAUACGGCUGUCACGCUUCUAACGAUUAUAGCUCGCACUAUUCUACAGUCUCUAUUACCGUCGAAGGAUUGUACAUACCGCCGAACUGCAAGGAUAACCCUUACUUCGCCACAUGCCAUCUCAUCGUCCGGAGCAAUUUCUGCCACCACAAAUAUUACUCUGGUUUCUGCUGCAAGUCGUGUGUGGAGGCAGGUCAACUCGAUCCGAGCGAACUCAUAAUGCAAGCAGACUCCUGGGCUUGGAAGAAGUAGUUACCCACUCGCCUCGUUAGAACGAUUACUUUAGCGUAAAGGAACAGAUAGUCGAAAUAAUCAUUCUACUACAUAGAACAACAUGUAAAAUUAUAUAGCUGAGAACAAUUUAUCUGAGUUUCAAAGUAAAAAUCUCUUUAUGCUUGCUUUUUUUAAAUUUAUUUUUAUGAAUUUGUUUCAGUUUAUAAUAUUGCCUGUUCAAUUAUACCGAAAAUAAUAUUUUAUCGUUGGGAUACAAAAAAAAACGGUGGUGCCAUAUUUAAAAAAAAUCGAAAUUUCAAACAUAGGUUUUUAAAUAAAACUUUAUUUUUUGCACAUCAAUAAAAAAAAUACCAAUAGAUUAAAUAAGUACUAUAGUUUGUAGAUAGAAUGAUAUCUGUGUAAAUAAAUAUUGUAAUGUCACAAUUAGUUAACUCCAUCUGUGAUGGAAAUACAAAUAUUAUAAGAUUAACGAUUACAUAGUCGUUAAGAGGCUUAACAUCGUAAUUACUUAGUUUUCUCUCAUAGUUUAUACUGUAAUUGUUAUAAAAAAUGCCUUUUUUGUCUUACACCGGCAAUUAUUUCCUUCAUAUAAGUAAAAAAAAAAUUGCCGAAAAAAAAAAUGUAAUAACUUACGUUACCAACGUUAAUAACGUAAUUAUUGUUUUUGUGUUAUUUAUCGGAUACAGCAAGUUUGGAAAAUAAAUAAUUAUUUAUUUCAGAAUAUAAUAAUAAACAUAAUAUUAAAUAGUACCGUAAUUUUUACGUAUAAUUUGAGUCAUAAUAAUUUGUGUACGUGAAUUUUUAUAUCAACAAAUGUAAAUAUAUUUACAAUAAAAGUGUACAAGUGA